AUGGUGUCGCCUCCCUCCCAGGAGCCCCAGGCCAACAGCCCCCACACCGAGACGCUGCAGAGGGAAGAGCGCCCGACUGGGCCAGCAGACUCUGAACUGACACAUCGCUCUUCCUGGGUCUCAAACCUGCUGGCCUUUGGACCAGAACUUACACCAUCGCUCUGCCGGGUCUCCAGCUUGCUGACCUUGGGACUUCGCAUCAUCGAAGUGUGCCUGCGAGCAUGGGGAAGAGGAGACGGGCGAUUAUGCUGCCCCAAAGGGUCCCUGGGAGAGGAAGCCCGGAGCGCCCCCUGGGCGUCUGUCGAGCCUCCCGUGAGCCGGGCCCUGGAACAGAAGUGCUUUCUCCAGUCUGGCCGUGUUCGUCCAGGCUUCCCUGGCCCGAAGGCAAGGACAGCCCUGCUCGGUCCACCCUCCUCUGCCCCCCCGAUGGACCCUGAGAACGUCACUACUUGGGCACGUGUGCGUCCCGGCCGGCUUCCUGCGCAGUGUGGAUGUGCCCAGAGGACCGAUAUUUUCUGGCGACAGAAGAAUUUGGCCCCUUUCCUCAUGUGCCUGCCACGGGGGUCCCCAGCCUGGCAGCGAGGAUCUUGGCAUCUGAGUUUAGCAGACACAGCCAGGGGGGCACGGGGGCGGCCUGUGGGCGGGGUGCAUCCAGAUUUGGGUGGAAAUGCCGGGGUGGGAACGGUGGCGUGGACGGAGAGGUGCCUGGUGCAGGGGCCAUUAACCACCAGGUAACAGAUUUGAUUAAUUUUGUGCUUGGAGGGUUUUUUUUUUUUUCUUUUCCCAAAGAAUCAGAGAAAACAAAAUAUUUUUCUAAUUAAAUAAAUCUACGGUGCACGGUAAUGGAGGCCGUCUGUUGGUCUGUGACAGGGCGGGGGAGACGUGGAAUAAUGAUUUUAUUUUUUCAUUAAAUAGAAUUAUAGGCAGUUACCCAAAGCAAUGCUGAGCCUAAUUGAGAGAAACCCAUUUCUUCUUAAUUUACUUUCACGGUUUUGGAUGAUAAAAGAGUGUGUUCGUUGGAAAAUUAAAUA